AUGCCGAUGCGCGGACGAACGUGCCGAUCAGAAUGUCGGACUGUUCCACAAGAACGCCGGGUGUCGCGGCUUGUGCGGCGGAGGUAUGGUUCUUGCUCGUUGACUGCUCCCUUUUCUGCCAGCCCGAAGCAAGGGAACUGCAUAUCUGCGCACUGGCGCACUCGGGAUCGGUCCAAGCGAAGCCAGGACCUCUCGAGCGGCAAGCGGGUCGGUUUUGGCGAGCACAAGCUAAAUUUGGAAGAAGCGAAGCUAACUGAAAAGCAUCACAUCUUGCGGCGCUAG